UCCAUGUUUCCGUCUGUAAUGGGGAAUUGAUUUCUCCUAAAGACACCCUAGCUAGCUAGCUAGAACCCAAUCCACAAGCAAGCAAUUAUAUAUAUAUAUAUGUUCCCUGUUAAUGGUCCCAAGUUCAUGUGUGUGAGAUAAAUAGGGAACUCUUUUGAGAUAAAGGUUAUCACAACCAUCCUGCUCCAGGUCUUCUUUUCUCUGUGUUUGUAAUCAAUGGGGGAAGGCAAGAGAGAAAUGCACAGAAGCCCAUGCUUGCCAUAUGCAGGUGGGGAUGGGAAAGAAGGAGAUGAUCGGUGCUGGGAGAUGGUGAUGGAUGAAGAAGAAGGAGGAGGAGGAGGAGGAGAAGAUGAAACCUGCUGCAAUCCAACGUCUUCUGCUUCAUCCUUGGGAGAAGACUCAGCAGCAUCUUCAUCAAUAUCAGACAUGGUGGAUGAUGCUUCUUCUUCAUCGACUUCAUACUCGUCGCCGUCCUCAAAUGGAUCGGCCUUGUAUGAUUUAUCAGAUCUCAUGGCUCAGCUACCCAUCAAGAGGGGGCUGUCUAAGUUCUACCAGGGAAAGUCUCAAUCGUACACAUCACUGUGGAGUGUGAGGAGCAUGGAAGAUCUUGCGAAGAAAGAAAGGCCUUAUAACAGUUACAGAUCAAUUAGGAAAAUGAAGGAAUCGAAGAGCUAUGGAGGAGGCUUAGACUCCUACAAACUGUGCACUCUUCCCAAGCCAACUAUCUCGAAGAAGCCUCAUUCAAGAACUAUUUCUUCUCCUUCUUCUGCUUCUUUUCCCACCAGAAGAGCCUCUUUGUUGAGCGGCUCCACCAGGCCCCCCCCUCUAUUUCCACCACAAAAAAACUUGUGAUCUUUACUCCUGUAGAAGAUGAUCAGUUGAGAGAACAAAUUAAUUUGUUGAGUUGACUUGAGAGAGAGAGAGAGAGAGAUGUACAGAAGAAAUGUUUUGAUUUUAUCUUGAAUAUAUAUAGAUAUAUGGAUCUUGAUCUUUUUGCU